CGUGCAACCACAAAGGAAUAGAGCCCCUGAGGGCUUCUUGGCCGCGGCCCCCCAGAAGUCUUGGAAGAUCAACAUCCAGCUUCUGACACUCACUGUGCUGUUGCAGUGACGUCACAGAGCUGUGAUACAGACCGACCUGAUUGCUCAACAGGGCGAGAUCAGAGAGGUGUCAUCUGCAGGGACACACGCUGCUAUAAGGCCAAACCUCCUCCACCCAGAAACACACGCAACACACACUCAACACCAUGUUUAAAGCUUUGGGGGAAAUCGCCGGGGAUGAUGUGGUCACCGAUUGCAUGAGGGAAAUCGCCAUUAAAAAAGCAGGUGAUGCAGUUGAGGAUGGACUGAGGAAAUGUCUGGGUGGUGGAAAUGACAAAAGAGAUGGAGGUGACAGCAAAGGAGGAUUCGACAUAGGAAACAUCAUCUCAGGUGCGUGUGGUGGCAAGAAAGAGGAGAAAGGAGGAUUCGACAUAGGAGAUGUCAUCUCAGGUGUCUGUGGCGGGAAGAAAGAGGAGAAAGGAGGAUUAGACAUAGGAGAUGUCAUCUCAGGUGUCUGUGGUGGCAAGAAAGAGGAGAAAGGAGGAUUAGACGUAGGGAACAUCAUCUCAGGUGUCUGUGGCGGCAAGAAAGAGGAGAAAGGAGGAUUCGACAUAGGAGAUGUCAUCUCAGGUGUCUGUGGUGGCAAGAAAGAGGAGAAAGGAGGAUUAGACGUAGGGAACAUCAUCUCAGGUGUCUGUGGCGGCAAGAAAGAGGAGAAAGGAGGAUUCGACAUAGGAGAUGUCAUCUCAGGUGUCUGUGGUGGCAAGAAAGAGGAGAAAGCAGGAUUCGACAUAGGAGAUGUCAUCUCAGGUGUCUGUGGUGGGAAGAAAGAGGAGAAAGGAGGAUUAGACAUAGGGAACAUCAUCUCAGGCGCAUGUGGCGGGAAGAAAGAAGAGAAAGCAGGAUUCAACAUAGGAAACAUCAUCUCAAUUGUUGGUGGUGGAGAGAAACAUGAUGACAAGAAGGAAGAGGAAGGAGCAGGGCUUGAUGUGAAGGACGUCAUCGGAGGACUUUCAAAACUCUUUUAACAAACACCCUGCAGAGCACGUCCAUCGAGGCUCCACCUGCAGCGUCCUCAGAGCGGAGCAACUCCACCCAAACUGCUGGAACGUUGUUGCUUUCAAUAUUUACGAAUGAUUUGUUUUUGAGUUUUACACAGAAAACGUGACGCCACCAGAGACAUCCUCAAAGCCUCUAACAUUAAAUCAUUGAAAAUAAUAUAACUGUAAGAAACAUGCACGAUGACAUAACUUAAAGUUAAAUUGAAUGUUAGUGGCUGGCUCCUGCUGGUGACAAACACUUUGACAUGUUGGGUAUGUUCAUGUUUCCUUUGCUGGUUUUACACCAUGAGAGUGAACUGAAAACAUGAUGGAAAUUAAAAUGUAUCUGUAAAGUCAAAACAGUAAGUAAGUCUAUGGUUAAAAUAUCUGUAAUCCUGAAGCCUGAUGAAGCCUCCUACAUGAGGGGAAACGCUGUUUAUUUGUUUGGUGUGGGAAUAAAGCACGGGAGCAGCAAUACUUCGUGUGCGACAAAUCUUGAAGUUUUUCCUUUGACGUCAGCACCGAUUGGAAAAAGUUUAUUUGGAGGAUGUGCAUUCUUUAUAUUUGUUUCACUAAAAUAUCUGUAAUGUCACAUGGAGAUGAGCAGUACUUUGUGUCAUUAAUUCAGUUAAACAGUCGUUGUCAUAAAUUAAAUGUAUUAAACACCAGUGCAAAUUGUCUCUUGUUUUGGUGAAGUUUGCCAAUAAAAUACUAAUUAAACUGUU